CUGGGGAGGAGGUGGGAUUAGGAAGGAGGAAGAGCAGGAGGAGGGAGAAAGGAAAAGGAGGAGCAGGAACAGGAAUAGAAGGAGAAGCUGGAGGUUCCAGUGCCCCAUGUGUCUGCAGAACCCCCGGCCACAGGCCCAUCGCCCCCACCUCAUCCUGCAGGAUUUGUCAUUCCCAAGCCAUGGCCAGAUGGAGGAGGAGGAAAAGCCCCGGAGAUCCUGCAUGAGGAGGGGCUGCAAACCCAGCCCAGGGAGCUGCAAGGAGGAAAGAUCCCCCCUGUGCCAGGAAGGCGUCCGGAGAUCCUGCCGGAGCUCAGAGCUGGGGGAGAGAGCUCAUGAUGGGGAGAACCCCCACAGAUGCUUGGAAUGUGGGAAGGGCUUCAGCUGGAGCUUCAAGGAUCCACACAGGGGAAAAGCCCUACACGUGUGGGGAGUGUGGAAAGGGCUUCAGCUGGAGCUCCAGCCUCGGGGCACACCAGUGCAUCCUGAGUGUGGGAAGAGAUUUCCAAGGAUCUCAGGUCUCAUCAAACAUCAGUGGAUUCACACAGAGGAGAGGCUCUUCUUUCCGCUGCCCUGACUGUGGGAAGGGCUUCACAAAACUGUACCCUCAUCAUGCACCGGCACAUCCACACUGGGGAGAGGCCCUACAAGUGUCCCCAGUGUGGGAAGAGCUUCUCCAGGAGCUCUCACUGGACCCAACACCAACGGAGGCACCACUACGGGAAGCCCUGCGAGUGCCCCAAGUGCAGGAAGAGCUU